AUGGUUAAUCGAUCACUGAAUGUUGAAACUGAUCCAUUUCGUCCUUGUGGAGAAAAUGAGGAUAUUCUUGGUCCUGAAGUACCAUAUCUCAGUGCAAUCGGAGCACUUAUGUAUCUAGCUAAUUGCACUCGUCCUGACAUAUCCUUUUCUGUCAAUUUAUUAGCAAGAUUUAGUUCAGCUCCCACGAAGAGACAUUGGAAUGGAAUCAAACAUAUAUUACGUUAUCUUCGUGGAAGCACUGAUCUUGGUUUAUUUUAUUCUAACGAUUCAAAUCUAAAAUUGAUUGGUUAUGCAGAUGCAGGUUAUUUGUCUGAUCCUCAUAAGGUUAAGUCUCAAACUGGAUAUGUAUUUACAAGUGGAGGUACUGCAAUUUCUUGGCGGUCACAGAAACAAACAAUUGUAGCCACUUCCUCAAAUCAUGCUGAACUUAUUGCAUUACAUGAAGCAAGUAGGGAAUGUGUGUGGCUCAGAUCAAUAACACAACACAUUCAAGAAUCUUGUGGUCUUCCAGUCCAUAAGAGUCCAGCUGUUCUAUAUGAAGAUAAUGCUGCAUGUAUAGCACAAAUCAAGGAAGGAUACGUCAAGAGUGACAGAACCAAACAUAUACCUCCAAGAUUCUUUUCAUACACUCAAGAACUUAUAAAGAAUCAAGAAAUUGACAUCCAGUAUGUUCAAUCAAAUAAUAAUUCAUCUGAUCUCUUCACGAAUGCACUUCCUACAGCAAUAUUUAGAAAACAUGUUCAUAAUAUUGGGAUGCGCCAUCUGCGAAAUACAUGA